AAUGUCAGGCAAAAAACUUGUAGAAAUAAUUGAUAAACAAAAACAUAAGGAAGAAGAUGAAACUUGGACGGUACAUCCGACACCAGGAAUUUGUGUUAAAUUUAAAAAGGACUCUGAAUCCAAUCUUAAACGUUCUCUCAUUACAAAUGAAGAUGUUGGAGGUCCGACAUUCUCAAAUAAAUUUUUUAUAAAUUUGGCUCAUUGCAUAGAAAUACCCUCGCCUCCAAAAGAAUUAUGGAAAGAUGAAGAAAUAAUUGCUAAAAUGAUGGAAAAUGAUAAAAAUUCGUUUAAAAUCCCAAUGUGUGUUGGGGAAGUGGAAAAUGUGGAGGAUCAUAAUGGAAAUAUUUCUACAAAGGUUUUUUUGAGCUUUUUUGCGGACUGUCCGCAAAUAAUAUUUUUUUCAAAUUUUAAGGUUGAUGUAAUUGUAAAUUCUGAAUUUUUUGAAAAGUGUAUUAACAACUCUGAAUUUUUUAGGCAAAUAACUCUUGCUGCAAUUUGCGAAAAAAUUAAGGUUUGUCGAAAUAAUUUUUUAUAA